AUUAGUAGUUCUAGAUUGUUGCUGAUUAAUAUUCAAUGUAAAUUUUAGGUUCUUGAUUGCUUGCACAUUUCAGAUUUAAGAUCUUCAUAUUCGAGGAGUCGAAGAGAUUGAAGACGGAGAUGGAGACGGUUCGUGGCAGAGGUGAAGAGCAGUGCUAUGACCAAGAUCAAGAAGUGCAAAGAAGCCAUUACGCAGAAGAGUUUGAGAGCCUACCAAUCUUGAAAUCCUUUCCCAUUUUUGUCUUGAAACAUCUGUUUGAAAUAGGGGAGGAGAAGGCCGAGGCAGAGGUGAAGGCAAAGCUCAAUAGUCGAAGCAGGGGCGUAGGUGGAGGUGCAGGUGAAGUGGAGCAAAACAUUCUUGAAGUCCUCGAUUUUUGGCCUGAAACCAAGAUGAAGUCCAAGGCUUCAUCUUUAGCAUCUACCCCUUCUCUUCGACCUUCUGUGGAUCAAUCUGGUGCUAGACAAGUUUGUGAUCAUGGAUUAGUGGCACGGCUUCACGUUAGCACAAGUGAGUUAAAUCCAGGAAAAAGGUACUACAAAUGCCCAUUUUGGCAGCCAGGUGGUGGUGGAGUAAAAGCCUGCAUUUUUUCUGAAUGGGUUGAUGCUGAAUUAUCAAGUUGGUACAAAGAUAUAUUUAAUAGGCUUAAAAAUGAAAAUUUGGCUUUGGAGAAUGAGAACAAGAUGCCAAGAGUAGAAUUGGUUAGUGCAGAGAGUAGUGGAGAUGUUGAAAUGGAAGUAAUGGUGUCUAAAAGAGAAAAGGAUGAAAAGGUGAGGUGCGAUAACAACCAUGUCUGUUUUGCUCAGUAAGAUGCCCAAAUGGCCAUUUUGUGUAGUGCAAUAGGAAGUGGUCAUUUUGCUUCUGUUUUGCCAAUGUAAGAUGACCAAAUGGCCAUCCCACCUGUAAUCACAGUUUCUGGAAAUAGACAUCCGAUUUCCUA